CCCGGAUAAAAGCUGGUCGUACUACAUAGAUAUAUUACUUUAAUGCAAUUAGUAGCACGUCGACUGCUUAAAAUUAACUAUGUUUUGUUUAACGUGUGUGAUUCUGGCUAUAUCUGUGUACAUUUAUAUGCGUUUAUCACGUGGUAUCACCAGAAGUGCAACAUGUCUUGUUGGCAAAACUGCCAUCGUGACGGGCGCCAAUUCAGGGAUUGGCUAUCACACCGUCCUGAAUUUGGCUUCAAGAGGGUGCAGGGUGAUUAUGGCCGACGUAGCUGACAUGACACAGUCAAAAGAAAAAAUCAUCGAGUACACCAACAACCCCAACAUUGUGACUAAAUUCGUGGAUCUGGCGUCUCUUCAAUCAGUAAGAGAUUUCGCCUCCGAUAUCAUAAAAACUGAAGACAGACUGGACAUUUUGAUUAACAACGCUGGAAUUGGUCCAUCCAGAGACAACAGAACUAAAGACGGUCUUCAUCCUGUUAUGCAGAUCAACUAUUUUGCUCCAUUUCUACUGAUUCAUCUGCUUCUAGAUUUGUUGAAGAAGUCUGCACCAAGUAGAAUAGUUAACACGAGCUCCUGUUUUGCUUUUUUGAAUACCUUGUCUGUGAAGAAUUUAAAUUUCGAUGACAAGUAUGGCAGAUUUAUAGAUAAGUUUCUUAGUUACGCAAAUUCGAAGUUUGCUCUGAUAAUAGCUUCUGAUAUUUAUGCCGAGAGAUUGAGAGGUACUGGUGUUACAUGCAAUACGAUUCAUCCAGGAUUUGUUGCUACACCUAUUAUACCUAAAGUUUAUAGCGUUGCUUCUAAUGUGUUGAUAAACACUGUAAUAUGGUUAUACAACAUUAUUUACACGAAAUAUCCCUGGGAAGGUUCACAAACUUUAGUGCAUGUUGCUGUUUCGAAAAAGCUCGAAAAGGUAACUGGGAAGCAUUUUUGGGACUGUAGACCUUUCAUUAAGCCGCUGGGAGCAAAUAAUAAAAAAUUUUGUGGCGAAAUUUGGAAAGCAACGGAAGAGAUUCUUAAUCUGAAGCCGGAAGAAGGACUCUGAAAUGUUGUACAGUUUUGUAGUUGUUGGAAAGUCUGUUAAAAUGUUCUGCGUUUUUAAUAAAAUACGUUAUUUAAAUCCUCCCUAUCUAAUUUGG